CAUACCUUAGGUAGGCAAUCGUGUAUCCAGCAGCAUCUCUGCCGCUUCGCCUAUCUGAUUCUAAGCCCCAAACCCGCUCAUUGCUCAUCGACCUCCUCCUACGCCUACACCUCAGCAACCUUCGUUUUGCAUUGGCGCAUCCUUUCCAUAUAUCUCGCGUGCGCGUAGAACCCCUUCGGGAGCAACGUAGCCAGUAUGGUUAAGGACGAGAAUGGCAAGCGAAAGGCCAGCGACGAGCCACCGUCACCCGUUGCUAUUAAGCGAGCCAGACACGAUGACCCAGCCGAGUCCGAAAAGAAAUCCGUCAUCAAACCGAUCCCUUUUCCCGAGAAGCCUGCUGUCGUGGAGGAGCGAAAUGGAGAGAUCGAGUUCCGCGUCGUGAACAAUGACAACGAGCGCGAGUCGCUCAUUAUUCUCACUGGUCUAAAGUGCAUUUUUCAGAAGCAGCUACCCAAGAUGCCAAAGGAUUACAUUGCUCGACUUGUCUACGACCGAACCCACCUUUCCAUUGCUAUCGUCAAGAAGCCUCUCGAGGUCGUUGGAGGAAUUACGUAUCGCCCGUUCAAGGGCCGCCAAUUCGCCGAGAUUGUUUUCUGCGCUAUUAGCAGCGAUCAGCAAGUGAAGGGCUAUGGUGCUCAUCUCAUGUCCCAUCUGAAGGACUACGUCAAGGCAACCAGCGACGUGAUGCACUUCCUUACUUAUGCUGACAAUUAUGCCAUUGGCUACUUCAAGAAGCAGGGCUUCACUAAAGAGAUCACUCUACCGAGGUCCGUGUGGAUGGGCUACAUCAAGGACUACGAGGGCGGCACCAUAAUGCAGUGUUCUAUGCUUCCGCACGUCCGGUAUCUUGAAAUGGGCCGCAUGCUGCUUAAGCAAAAGGAGUGCGUCCAGGCAAAGAUCCGCGCUUUCUCCAAGUCUCAUGUCAUCCACCAACCGCCUAAGCAGUGGAAGAAUGGCGUGGCACCCAUCGAUCCGCUCUCCAUCGAAGCCAUCCGCGCCUCGGGCUGGUCGCCCGACAUGGAUGAGCUGGCGCGCCAACCACGACACGGUCCCAACUACAACCAACUGCUGCACCUGCUCAACGAUUUGCAGAACCACCAGUCGGCGUGGCCGUUCCUCAACCCUGUCAAUAAGGACGACGUGGCAGACUACUAUGAUGUCAUCAAGGAGCCGAUGGAUCUCAGUACGAUGGAAACGAAGCUAGAGGCCGACCAGUACGCCACGCCGGAGGAGUUCAUCAAAGACGCCAAGCUCAUCUUCGACAAUUGCCGCAAGUACAACAACGAGACGACGCCCUACGCUAAGUCCGCCAACAAGUUGGAGAAAUACAUGUGGUUGCAAAUUAAAGCGAUACCAGAAUGGUCACAUCUCGAGCCAUAGGUUAGUGACGCGACUCGAUCAUUUUGGAAGAAACGUGGUAGGAGAAGGGCCAUGGAGAUCAGUCUGGAGGGGGACGGCUCGUUCGGGGCCCCGAAGCCGGAAGUCCUGUGCGAGCCGUCCCCUUCGAUCUCUGCAGGGCGGCCGAGGCGGCCUGCAGCG